AUGCAUCUCGAAACAGCCACAGAAGCCGACGCCCCCGCCCUCGCCGCCCUGUACUUCACCUGCUUCACCAACGCCGCUCACCGGCGCAUCUUCCCCCCGACCCCGGAGAUGCACUCGUGGUGGACCGCCAACCUCCGCCGAAAGAUCGCAAGCGGCCGGAGCGUGGUGCUGAAGAUGGUAGAAUGGGAGGCGGAGCCGCUUCCUGCGGGGAUCGGUAGUGCCGGUGAGGGGAGUGAGAGUGGGAGUGACAGCGGAGCUGCCGGAAGUGGUAGCGAGAGUGGGAGUUAUGCGGGGAGUGAUGAUGCUACCAGACCUAGUUCAGCAGUUGGAGAUGCGGAUGCGGAUCCAGGCGUGGAGAAAGAGAGCAUGAAAGGGAAAGGGAGAAUCGUCGCCUUCGCGGAGUGGGAGCUCCCUUCCCCUUCCCCUUCCCCUGCGCCUGCUCCUGCUACCCCAGUUCAAAGUCAAGAUCAAGAUCCGUCUCCGCCCACCCCCUCAACCCAACCCCAAGACGCAAAAGACCCCAACCUCCCACCCAAUCUCGACCCCUCCGACAAAGACCUCCUGCUCCGCCUCCGCGCACAAGCUACCCGCCACCGCGAGGAGGAUAUGCGCGGCGUGGAAGGCGGGUAUUAUUACCUCAGCAUCCUCGGCACUAACCCGGCGUACCGGUCCCAAGGGCUGGGAUCCCGGCUGCUGGCGUGGGGGAUCGAGCGCGCGCGCGCCGAAGGGAGACAGAUCUACCUGUGCGCGUCGCGGGAGGGGCGGUUGCUGUAUGUGAAGCGGGGGUUCGUGAGGGUUUCGGAGGGGGAGGUGGUUGUUGAGGAGGGGGGCGAGAGGAAUUGGUUUAUGAUUUGGCGGGGAUAG